UCGCACUUUCUCUUUCUCUCUUUCCCUCCUUUCUUUCCCUCUUUUCUUUUUCUCUCUCCGCAUUCUGUUACCAGCGUCGCAAAUCCUUCUCUCUCUGUGAAUUAGGGCAAAUUAGAUCUCUCUAAAGUCGAUUCCAUGAGAUUCCUUCGUUUCAAUGGCUGAUCUUCGCCAUUAGUUCAAUUUCCGAUUGGAGUCGUCUUCCUCUAGCUGCGGUUCCAGCUCCAGCAUCGUAUGGAUUCCAUUUCGACUGACAAUGGUAGACCAAGCGCCUGGCAUUUUCACAUCGCGAUCUAUUUUGCCAUCGGCUUCGUUGUGGCGAGAGUCUUUCUCGACAGAUACAUCUUCAGAUGGUUGGCCAUCAAGUUGUUGACCAAGGGUCGUGGGCGUUUAAGGAUGAAUAAGGCAACAGAAUCAAAGAUUGUAAAAUGCUCCGAAUCAAUGUGGAAGCUAACCUAUUAUGCCACCGUGGAAUUUUAUGUUCUUAAUAUUAAUUAUCUAGAGCCCUGGUUCAGAGAUAUAAAAUUAUACUUCGAUAGCUGGCCAAAUCAAGAGUUGAAGAAUCCACUUAAGAUUUUCUAUAUGUGCCAAUGUGGGUUCUACCUCUACAGCAUUGCUGCUCUUCUGAGGUGGGAGACUCGAAGGAAGGAUUUUUCAGUGAUGAUGUCUCAUCAUAUUAUUACUGUUAUCUUGAUUGGAACAUCAUAUGUGACAAGUUUUUUCAGGAUUGGCUCUAUAGUCCUUGCCCUUCAUGAUGCAAGCGACGUAUUCAUGGAAGCUGCAAAGGUUUUCAAGUACUCCGGGAGAGAAUUUUUUGCAAGUGUGUUCUUUGGAUUCUUUGCCUUUUCAUGGCUGAUGCUUCGGCUAAUUUUCUAUCCAUUUUGGGUUAUUAGAGCAUCAAGCUAUAAGAUUCGCGAUUGCUUAAACCUAGCAGAGGACUAUCCCAAGUUUCUGUACUAUCUCUUUAAUACAUUGCUCAUAAUGCUGCUCGUGUUCCAUGUAUACUGGUGGAUUCUCAUAUGUGCGAUGAUCUGUAAGCAACUGAAAAAUAGAGGAAAAGUCGGUGAGGAUAUAAGAUCAGAUUCAGAGAAUGAUGAUUAGAUGGAGAUUUUUGUCUGACAAUCUUUGAGAGUUUAUUUUGCUAUCGCUGAUGUUAGCUCUGCAGAUGCUGCUUUUGACAUGUUGGUAGAUUUCCUGGAUACGGGUUGGUCAGUACAGCCAUUUGAAGAGGGCUGAAAAUUUAGUUUCAAUUUUUCAUUGGUUACUGGGUAAAAGGAGGUAGGAAGACCAUCCAGCACAUUCUGCUUCUUCCAUUUUUUGCUGUAUAAAUUAGUGCUUCCUGUAUAAUUGUUUUCUUUCAAACAAACGUGCUUAGAUUAGUUGGAGGUUGAAAUGUUGAAUGAUAAAUAGCAACAAAAGAAUAUUAAGGAAGAAAAAAGUGAGGAAACAAAUUUUUGCCGUUAUUCUACUUCCUCGGCAUGUCCAUUGGAGCUGUAACUUUUGCAGGAACGUGCCUUAAUUGCCGUCUGGGUGCGA